UCGAAAAUUAAAUAUCAUGCUCUUCUGAUUUGAACAAACUUCACUCUGGAGGACAAGCUAAUAAUUACCGCAACAAUUGGCACAAGAUAGAUCUAUCGCUGCUAAAGAAGCCUGAAAUCGUGACGACGGGCAAGGGGGGCAAGGGUCUCCUCCCGCCGCCGGCGAGUCGCACGCGCGCGUCUCAACGGCGCACUUUUGCAGCCGAUCUCUCUUUCGCGCGCCGCCAGCAAUCGAGGGGUUAACCGGCCGCGUCGGCCGGCCUACGUCGGCGUUUUUUACGGCGGAUCUUCCGAGCGUCUUCGUCGGAUCAUCGGAUUGACUUAAUUCGCUCGUGCCGGCGGGCAUCGGCGGCGAAGCCGCCGCGCGUAUAAAAGGAGCGUAGUGGAACGCGAUCCGGAGCAGUGUAGCACGACGUAUGUGUCCGGUGUCUCGCGGCGACAUCCUCUCUCUCUCUCUCUCUCUCUCUCUCUCUCGAACGGGCGAGUGAACAACGAGCGAUCGAUCUCGCGUAACGCGCCGUUACGUUGCGUUACGUCGUCGCGUACCCGCGUGGUUACGUGUGUAUUCGUGGGGAUCCGGGGGGGGGGCCCUCCCGACCGUUCCCCGUCGAGCGAGCGAGCUACCUACUAGCGCGGGUGAGAUCACGAUCGCUCUCGGUCCGCUGGCCCGCGACGCCCUAUAAAAGAUGUCGCAGCCGGAACAGGGCGGCAGUGCGCAGUGCGAGAAGGACAUGUCGACGUCCAAGAGCAGCUCGAUGUUGCGUCUGAAUCAGGAAGGCCGUCGCGGCUCCGCCGACUGGCAAGACCACGACACCGACUCGGAGGUCAGCGAGAACGACUUCCUCACCAAGGGCGCCUUCCUGCUCACCCCGAGCCAUGAGCUGAGCAUGGAGAAGGCCGCCACCAUUUGCGAGAAGAUGAACUUCCGGGGCGCAUUUUCUCUGACGAAAACCGCCACCGGAAUUCUCUUCAAGUUCAGCAAUAUCGACGACUACCAGGCGGUGUUUAAAAAGGGUUUUCACAAAGUGACGGGCGCUCGCUUUUACAAGAAGGUCGCUAUACCGUGUAGACCGGCAAAGAUCUUCACCGUCUACGUGCUGGACGUGCCCGAGGAACUGCCGGAGGACGAUAUUAGGCAUGCUCUCUACAAAUAUCGAUCUAUCGUCGAAGUAACCAGGCUACCCCUGAAUACGGGAACUGUUUUGAAGGCCAUCAAUGACAAGCUAAAGAGCGACGCGCAGAAUCUGAACGAGCCGGCGACGAUUUAUACGGGGCCACCCGUUAUAAGGGUUACCCUGGCCAGCGUGGAGGAGACCUCGAUGCUGCUGAGCCGUGGUUUGGAUUUUUAUGGGGCCACAUAUUUCCCCACCGAAACGCCCCAUCCAGCCGCUCAACCCCUCGCCAAAUACAAAAACAACAGAUGGAUCGAGCUGGCGUCGAUCGGCGCGGGACAAAGAGUGAGGGACCUACUUCCGGUCUUUGACAACGCGGGCUUCAACAAAUUGCCACCUCCGGCGAGCCGUGUAAUAAAACCGCAAAGAAACUGACACGUCCCGCGUCCACCCCCCCUUCGAAUUCUUCGGCGGCCGGCGCGAUCGAUAGCGCGACGAAUUGAGGGAGGCCGUCGCGAGGACACGACGCGACCCGACACUACAAACGCAGAGAUAUUACUACCUCGAUCGAAAUUCCAACUGGUGACACGAGGAUGGAUCCAUCUUGGAUGAUUUCGACGCGAUUUCGACCCCCCGUCGGCCCCCCGGCGACGUCUGAGAAAGCGAAGAUAUCAUCCUAAAACAUCCCGUCGCGUUGUCAUUUCAUUGAGUCGGACGUGUACGACUGCUUAAAUUCACGCUCGAGGAGCACGAAAAAGUGUAUGCGAUCCGAUUUAUACACAUACUUUACACAAUUUUGCAAAAUUUAAGAUAAAGUUAAAUGAAGCGUUUGUGAACAACGACAACGCAACGGAUUAAACGAUUCACGCUCGUAUCAAUAAUCGUUGCUUGGGAAUUGUUGCACGUGAGUCACUCAGACUCGAAUUCAGGAUUAGAUCCGAGUUUCCCGAGUGAAAUCGCGAUUACAAAUACACGCGUGUAUCAAGCGAUUCAAGUGGAAAACUCACCUCCAACUCCAUAUUCAAAGCCGAGCAUAUCUCUCUCUCUCUCUCUCUCUCUCUCU